AUGGCCAACAUCCCCGAGAAGUUCACCGGCUUCCAGGUCAACAGCGCCGAGACCUGGCAAGACUUCAAGAAGCAGCAGUUCGACCCUAAGCCCUUUGGCGACUACGAUGUCGAUAUCAAGAUUGAGUGCUGUGGUGUCUGCGCCAGUGACGUCCACACGAUCAAGGGUGAUUGGGGUGCUCAGCCCUACCCUCUCGCCGUCGGUCACGAAAUCGUCGGCAAGGCCCUGAGAGUCGGCUCCAAGGUUACCAAGAUCAAGGCUGGCGAGCGCGUCGGUGUUGGAGCCCAGUCCUACGCCUGCCUCAACUGCCGCCAGUGCAAGAACGACAACGAGACAUACUGCAAGGAGCAGCUCGACACCUACGGCUCAACCUUCCCCGACUCUGGCGCCAUCUCGCAGGGCGGCUACUCUUCCCACGUCCGCACUCACGAGCACUGGGUCUUCCCCAUCCCCGAAGCCCUCCCGAGCACCAUCGCCGCGCCCAUGCUGUGCGCCGGUCUGACCGCCUACAGCCCCCUCAUCCGCAACGGCUGCGGCCCCGGCAAGAAGGUCGGUGUCGUCGGCAUCGGUGGUAUCGGCCACUUCGGCGUCAUGUUCGCCAAGGCCCUCGGCGCCGAGGUCUGGGCCAUCUCCCGCUCCCGCUCCAAGGAGGCCGACUCCCUCAAGAUGGGCGCCGACGGAUACCUCGCCUCAGGCGAGAAGGGCUGGAACGAGCCCCACAAGAUGACCUUCGACCUCAUCCUCAACACCGCCAACUCCUUCGAGGGCUUCGACCUCUCCGCCUACCUCAGCCUGCUCGAUGUCCACGGCAAGUGGGUGUCCGUCGGUCUCCCCGGCGGCGGCGGCAUCACCGUCCGCAACCAGGACUUCCUGCCCAACGGCUGCUUCAUCGGCAGCUCGCACUUGGGCAGCAGGCGCGAGACCCUGGAGAUGUUGCAGCUGGCUGCCGACAAGGGCAUCAAGACCUGGGUGCAGGAGGUCCCCAUCAGCGCCGACGGUCUGAGGGAGGCUAUGAACGGUAUCGAGGACUCCAAGGUCCGUUACAGGUAUUGCCUGACCAACUACGACGAGGUCUUCGGUCACAAGCUGUCCACGAUGAAUCGUUGGCAUGCCGAGUCUUGUAACGACCCCGAGGUUAUCCUUCUCGAUGGUAUCGGAACGCCGUAUUGCAGACGGUGCGAUCGCUCUCCCGACUUGGAUGCCCUGAGAAACGCUUUGCCGUCGGGCGCGAACGACCCGGUCAUCCCAUCAGACAAACCCCUCGGCGAGCUCAAUCUCUACUGGCCUCCAACGGUGCCAUACUCCCACGGGAAAGAGACAUCAUCGGCGGAGAUGUCACAAAUUUCAGGAAAUUGGUCGUCCCAGGAAAAGAAACCACCGUUGGGGGAAGAGCUGUCUAUCGCGACCAACCCUACGAAGACCGAGUUCUCUUCGGAGAGUACCCAAGCAGCCACUUCAUCGGGAGUUUACAAGCGCAGAUUGGCCUCGGAUGAGUUUCGUCUGUUGAUCCUGGCUGCAUCGUCGCCGUCGUUCCAGAAUAGCACCCCAUCAACACCUGUUCACGUCGAGCUGGAGAUACACAAUGACGAGAGAUAUCCAGAGUACGAGACGGUCUCCUACACCUGGGGCGGGGAAACAGGAGACAGUUCACCCUGUCGGCCCGUGUUCGUCGGCGAUUACUGGGACAUCGUGUUCCAGACCCGCAACUGCGAGGCUAUGCUCAGGUCGCUCCGCCCGGAGCGAGGCAUACGGUUGCUCUGGGUCGACGCAUUAUGCAUCAAUCAGAGCGAUACAACUGAGCGCGAGCAACAGGUCGGCAAGAUGGGAUCUAUUUACGGCAACGCAAUACGGGUUAUUGUCUUUCUUGGGCCCCACGUUUCCCCGUCGCAGGUCAAUGGGCCGGCCCAGCAAUACCCAGCUCGUAGAAAGCUGGAGGAUCUCUGCGACCUCGCCCACGCCAAUAACAACGAAAGCAGAUCAGAAGACGAGCAGAAUCGAAAAUGGUCCUCGGAGUAUUUGGAGUUACGUGACGUGCUCCAAAUGAGAUAUUUCAGCCGUAUCUGGGUGGUACAGGAGCUUCUUCUCUCACGUUACGCCGUGAUUCGUAUUGGUAACAUGGAAUUCAUCGCGGACCACCUCACGGGAAAGAAGCUGGAUAAUCAGAAAGUGUCGGUGUCACCGGGGUUUGCGGAGGAGUAUCUCGAGUGCCUACAGCAGAGUGGACUUCAAGCAACCGCCAAACGGGUCAACGGCAAAACUUACAUUGAACUUUGCUUCGGAUCAGGGGACGAAGCGGAAGCGCGCCAUUUUCUACCUACUGCAGCAUUCCGCAAUUCAUCUGGCAGCCUCUACAGAUUAGGGCCGUUCAAAUACUGGCGUGUCAGUGCUGGUGAUGAUAAUGAGCAGCUUAACGGCGACCGAGAACCAGAGGAAUCGACAUAUAAGGAGGCCAUGACGGAGAUGCAAGAUCAGAUGCAUGAGUGUGUCUCUCGAGGCUCUGGCUCCGCGAGGCAAUUCAAUUCGUCCAAAGCUUCGCGGAGCUUUUAUCUUGCUGCCAACCUCAACGACAUCAAAAGUAAGCUCCAGGGGGCCAAUAUUGAUAAUCAGCGCUACGAGGAUGGCGAUGAAAGGCGUUUUCCGAGCCAAUUUUUCUGGAUCAACCUCUGGGAUGAGGUGAAAAAGUUCAACUUUGACCGCAGAAACUGGAUCAACAUCAAUACAACUGUGCCGUCAAACGCGGCAACGAUGCUAUUCGAGGGGACGGAAUGGUUGGAAAGUAUGAAGGACACCAUGAUGCCGGCAGUUUUCGAGUGGCCUGAAGAUCUGAUGGACGCGCUAGGCAUUGACGGGAGCACGUAUCGCGUGCAGAUAAUUUAA